CAAACUUCCAGCUGUCAAAGACAAAUCUAUAAAAUAAAUGACAACAAAUCAGUUUUAUUGGACAUAAAUCGUACGGAAACAGACUUACUAAGUAAACAUGAAACACAGAACGAACUGAACAUUUAUUAAAAAAAAUUUGCAGAGACGUGUCGCCAACACCAUCAUGGCCAAUCCAAUUCCAGAUUUUAUUAUCAUUUUCAUCAUUUUGAAAACAUUAGUUUCAAUUUACAUUCUAUCAAACAUUCUAAAAUUGUAUUUGACCGAUGGCAACACACCAGGAGCACAAAACGAUCUCAGUUUAACACAGUUAAUUGAAUUACAUCCGAUCGAAUAUCGAUGGGCAUUAAAAUUUAUUGUCAAUUGCUUUGGAUACAGUUGUAUAUUUGUGCCCGGCAUUUUGAUUUAUCAAUACACCAAGAGAACAAAGUAUUUGGAACGAUGCGCAAAUAAAAUCAGUUUCAUCCCAUUAAUGGUGCGAGCCUGUUUUUCGAGCAUACGUUCAAUAGACAUACCGCUACACAAUGCAAAUCCAAAGACAACAACUGGUUCAACAACGGCCAAAGGUGGUGUCGCUCAGAUUUUAUUUUGCUUUUUCGGUUUAAUGACAUCGUACUUAGUAUGGGGACUAUUACAAGAGAAAAUAAUCACACAGCCAUACAUAACGGUAACGCCCGAAGGUCAUCGAUUUGAGGAACAUUUUCAUGAUUCACAAUUUUUGGUGUUUACCAAUCGUAUGCUGUCAUUUUUCAUCGGUUUAGUUUAUUUAUGUGUGAAAAAUAAAAUGCAACAAAACAGUCCAUCGUCGGCAAUUGCAACAAUUGGCCAAAUUACGGGUUCGGCGCCACUAUUUAAAUAUUCAUUUGCCAGUUUUUCAAAUAUUAUGUCGGCAUGGUUUCAAUAUGAAGCAUUGAAAUUUGUUAAUUUUCCCACCCAAGUACUGGCCAAAUCGUGUAAAAUCAUUCCUGUGAUGUUAAUGGGUAAAAUUGUAUCGCGAACGAAAUUCGAAUUUUAUGAAUAUUUAACGGCUGCAUUGAUUUCAAUCGGAAUGUUAGCAUUUUUACUCGGCAGUAAAUCCGAUCAUUCGGCAGUAUCAUCAAUUACAUCGAUGGCAGGGAUUUUACUACUUACCAUGUACCUUGUAUUCGACAGUUUCACAUCGAAUUGGCAAAGUGAUCUGUUCAAGACAUACGGCAUGACAUCCAUUCAAAUGAUGUGCAGUGUUAAUCUUUUUAGCGCAUUAUUUACAGGGUGUUCGCUUGCCAUUCAAGGGGGUUUCAUGGAAUCAUUUUUGUUCGCAACGACGCACACAAAGUUUGUAGUAGACUGUAUAGUACUGUCGAUUAGUUCAGCCAUCGGACAAUUGUUUAUAUUUCAUACUAUCGCACAAUUUGGACCGGUGAUUUUUACAAUCAUAAUGACAUUGAGACAGGCCAUGUCAAUUCUCCUAUCCUGCAUCGUUUAUGAGCACUACAUUUCGGCCGUUGGAAUCAUUGGAAUAAUCAUUGUAUUUUUGGCAUUAUUUUUACGAGUUUAUUGUGCACAACGCUUAAGAAUGCUACGACGCAAAAUCGAAUCGAAUAAAUCUCUGCUCAAUUCAACCGCUUAAGAAAGAGAGAAAGAGAGAUAUAAAUGCAGUGAUAUCGUUACCCCCAAUUGAUGUGAACCAAAGCGACUUUUUUUUAUUUAAUUUCUGCUUCAGUGUUAACGCGUUGAUUGUGUGUGAAUGUUUUUUUAAACGGAUAUUACAUAAGUGUCUAUUUAUAUAUAUUACAAAAGCGAAUCCGAUGACAUCAUGAGUAUACUCAUAUAUGAUGGCCCAAAGGAUUCGUUUAUUUUUUGAUCGAAUGUAUUUUAUUUUUUAAAGAAAAAAAUCGGUUAAUAUGCUAUGUCAACGUCAUAAUAGAUUGUGGACGUAGUUAUUGGCAGCCGUUGGCAGCUUAUUUGCGAAAUAUUAUAUAAAAAUAAUAACCACGCCUGCGUGAAUGUGCGUCAUAUUUUCGAAAUGAUCUACAAAAAAAAAGAACGACAAUUGUACUCAAUUAAAAAAAAAACAACAAAUAAAAAGCUAUUUAUUCAAUUGUUUUAUGUCGA